GGAUCUUGCUCACUUCGUGCUGGAUAUUCAACGAUGGAGAAACCCUAUCUGAAUAUUGAUAAUGUGAUUUCGAGGUAUCGAGAUCGUAAAACGAAUCGAACGAUCACCUUGGCUGGAUCAGAGUCUUACGUUGAUGCAGCAUCAAGAUCUAACAUCAGACCAAUUCAUGAAGAAGGUUUAGUGUGUAAUUAUGAUAGCAUGGAAGGGAUGCUAGAUUACAUUUUUUUGAAGCUCGGGGUCUCUGGUGACGCAGUCCAUCAUCCAAUCUUGAUGAGUGAAACUCUUUGUAAUCCAGUCUAUACUCGAGGACUCAUGUCCGAACUUUUGUUUGAGACUUAUCAAGUCCCAUCAGUCUGUUAUGGAAUCGAUUCAUUAUUCUCAUAUCAUGACACACAUUAUGAUUUACCACUCGAAGAACAAACCUCACUAAUAAUUUCAUCAUCACAUUCAAGUACAACAGUCAUACCCAUCAUCUCAGGAAUCCCACAUGUAGCUCAAUCUCGUCGAUUAAAUUGGGGUGGUUUACAAGAAAGUGAAUUCUUUUUAAGAUUAAUGCAACUUAAAUAUUCCACUUUUCCUUCUAGGAUGACCUCUUUUCAAGCUUUUGAUUUGGUUCAAGAUCAUUGUUUAUUUUCAACUUCUUUUUCUGAUGAAAUUAAAAAACUUCAAGAUCCUGAUUCUUUAGCUGAAAUUAAUCGAGUGAUCCAGUUCCCUUUUAAUUCUGUGGUAAUGGUAGAAAAGACAGAAGAAGAAUUAGCAGUUCAAGCCGAGAAGAAGAGGGCAGCAGGACUAAGACUACAAGAACAAACCGCCAGAAUCCGAAUGGAAAAGUUAAUACAAAAAGAAGCAGAUUUAGAAGCUUUUUUUGAACUUCAAGCUUGGAAAACUAAAGAAAGUAAAGCUAAAUAUUUAGAAAGAUUAUCAUUAGAAGGAUUUGAAAAUGAAGAAGAAUUAGAUGCACUUGUAAAGAAAACUCAAUUCCAAUUGAAAAAAGCUCGUAAUAAAGAUUUAGGUAUUGAAGAAGAAGCAGAUAAGGGAGAACCAUCUUUCCCAUUGAUUGAUACCCCAGAUCACGCCUUGGACGAAGAAGGUUUGAAGGAGAAGCGACGUCAAAAGUUGAUGAAAGCUGGACACGAUGCGCGCCAGCGAGCAAAAGCAGAAAGAGAAGCUGAGAAACUAAGACUGGAAGAAGAUCAGAGGAAAGAUGCAGAAGCAAGAUUAGCAAAUCCAGAAGGAUGGCUUGCAAAAGUUAGAGCUCAGCAUGAGAGCCUUUUACAAAAAAUUAAAGAGAGAAAGAAGCGAAAAUCACAACUAUCAGAUCGAAAGUCGCAUGCAGCACAACAAAGGAUGAAAACCAUUGCUACCUUGGCAAGUGACCAAUGGACUCAUUCUUGUCGGUUUGUUUGCGGAAAUGAUUCAGAUGAUACCUUUGGGGCGGAUGAUGCUGAUUGGGCUGUGUAUCGGGAUGUGGUGGGAGCGGAUGAAUCAGCAGAUGAAGAAGAUGAGAUUUUGGAACUUAUAUCUGUUGAGAAACAAUUAUUAGAACAUGAUGAAAACUUUACAAUUGAACAUACGAAUGAAAGAUUAAAUUUAAAAAAGAAUUCACUCUUAAAUGCGUUUUAUAAAGGUAUCUCACCUAAAACUGAAGGCAAUAUGGAACAAAAUGCACAACUUCAUAUGAAUGUGGAAAGGAUUAGAGUACCUGAACCACUUUAUCAACCUCAUAUGGCUGGAAUUGAUCAUGCUGGACUUGUAGAAGUCAUCCAAUACGUACUCAAAGAGUUUAGUCAAGAUAUACAAGACAAAUUAACAUCACAUUGUUAUAUUACCAGUGGACAUACCUUAUUACCUAACUUUGAUCUUAGAUUGAUGAAUUCACUUAGACCAAUCUUACCUACUUCUUCUCCAUUAGGCUUGUUUAGAGCUAAUCAAACUUCAGAAGAAUUAAGACUUUCACCUUGGAAAGGAAUGUCACGUUGGUCAAGUACAGAAGAGUUUCAACAAGCUGGUAUUACUAAAGCUUUGUAUGAUGAAUGUGGAAAUGAAUAUUUAGUUGAACAUAGGUUUGGUAAUCGACUAGGGUUUUAA